ACCUAUGAUUAUGAUCCUCGUAUCAAGGGGGCACGUUAAACCGCUGGACCAUGCAUUUCUUAUGUUUUGUAAUGUACAAUCCAAGGGUGUGUGGCAGCUGAAUGUACUUGGUGAACCCAGAUAGGAGCAGCAUCUGACUCGACUGAAGCUUGAACUUAUAAACCCACUGCAGUCAUGCUACUUCCCAUCCUUGUCCGUGAGUCCCUAUGCUGCUCCAAGAACUUUGUCUUACUGACAUCCUCAAACAUACAGACCUGUAUCAGGGGUCUUCAGGGCAAGGGAGCCAGGGGCCUCCACAGCUACGCCCAGUGGUUCCUCUGUAGGAGGGUCCCUUCACGCCUCAACACCCAAAUACGGGGGGCCAAGAGUCGGAAGAGCCAGACCAAGCAGCAGGAGGAUGAGUGGAGGAAGAGGAACAAGACGGUGCUGACGUAUAUCGCUGCCGCGGGGGUGGGGAUGAUCGGCAUGUCCUACGCUGCUGUACCCCUCUAUAGACUCUACUGUCAGGCGUCCGGUCUGGGUGGGACGGCGGUGGCAGGUCACGAUGCAGAGCAGGUGGAGACGAUGACGCCGGUGAUGGACCGCAUCAUCAAGAUCACCUUCAACGCUGACACACACGCCAGCAUGCAGUGGAACUUCCGCCCGCAGCAGUCCGAGAUAUACGUGGUUCCAGGAGAGACUGCCCUGGCCUUCUACAGAGCCAAGAACCCCACAGAUAAACCUGUUAUUGGGAUCUCCACCUACAACGUAGUGCCCUUUGAGGCUGGACAGUACUUCAACAAGAUACAGUGUUUCUGUUUUGAGGAGCAGCGGUUGAACCCUAAAGAGGAAGUGGACAUGCCCGUGUUCUUUUACAUCGACCCUGAGUUUGACGAGGACCCGCGUAUGGCCCGUGUCGACACCAUCACCCUCUCAUACACCUUCUUCGAGGCCAAGGAGGGACAGAAACUACCCCUCCCCGGAUAUAGUCCGAUUUCCCUACACAGCUGAAGAUUGGCCUCAUACUAUUUACUGUUCUCAGAGCUACAGAGUUAGUCCAAUAUAUACAGGCAUUCAAUCCAUAGAUUGGAUUUAGUGCUGAGACACAUUUUGUCACUACAGGAUGUUACACAAAAUGUUGAGGUGUGUGUAUUAGACACAGAUGAUUGCUAUAAUAUCAGUCAUCCAUCCCUGAAUCAGAGAAUGCAAAGAUAAUAUACGAAAAUGAUCAUGUACAGAGAAGGGGUUAUGUAAAAAUGUUGUCCAUGUGAUGAAUAGUUAACUUAUCAAGUGUCUUUAAGACUGCACAGUGUUCUUCAAUCAAAUAAAUUAUGAUUUGAGCUUUGA